CGUCCCGGUCCGGUGGGGCGGCACAGCCAGGAGCCGCGGGGAUAAGUUCUCCUGCCCCGGCGCCGGUAGCAGGCCCCGGGGCCGCAGCUCUCCUGUGCUUCGUCCGCCCGCUGAGCUCCCAGCACGGCCCUGCCUGAGGACCGGCCUCGGGUGAAGGCGUCCCGCGUUUGUGUAGGAAUGGCUGGCACCAUUGUUGGAGUUGGACCAGGAGUGUUUAUUGUAGCACUGCUCUGGGUGCUAGUAUUGCUGCUUUGUGUGCUGUUAUCCAGGGCCUCUGGCUUUGAAAGGUUCUCGGUUGUUCUAGUCUUUAUUUCUGCUCUGAUCAUUACUUUGGUUCUUUGGCUUUUCCCUCGUGCCAGUGAGUUUCCAGAGCCAGCUACAGAAACAAAGAUUGUGGAUACCUUUUUCAUUGGCCGCUAUGUCCUGGUCUCUGUUCUCAGCCUGAUAUUUCUUGGAAGCCUCUUCCUGGUUCUUAUUCACCAUGUUCUGGAACCAGUGUAUGCCAAAGCACUCCGAGUUAAGUAACUAUUCAAGGCAGGUAGUAUGACACCAGUUGGGCAAUGAGAGUAUUCCCCUUCAAAUUUCUGAAGAAGCUUUCUGUUUGUGAUAUUAUACAAACAAUGAGUUCCAGAACUGGUGUCUGUUUGAAGUGCGAGAAAUCUCCAAAUAGGAGUUUCAGUAUGUAUAUGUUUUGCACAGGCUAAUUAAGAUUUUCUGCGGCCUUUUGUAGAGCCAAGAAAAGCUUGCUGGCAGAGAAAAGCUUGUUUACAGAUUGUAUCAGAUUCUUUUGUAUUUAUUCUUGGGAGUAUUUCCAUGAUCUCCGUUUUGGAGAAAAUAAAAGAACAAGAACAAGUGAA